AUGAAGAAUGAUGUGAUCAAGAUUGAAACCUCCACGUACUCAGGCGUUGGGAACGAUCGUCUUCCGCUAAACCGCUGGUUUCGCGACAUCGACAUCGCGAUCGACUCGAGAUUAGUCGAAUCGGAGUCCGCAAAAGUGAACUUCCAGCUCUCGCGGUUGAGUGGGAAGGCGAAGGAGUGGGCCCUCGUUUCACGUGUUCAUCUUCGGCAUGCGCGAGGGCAUGACGAGAUACUGCCAACGCGAGCAGAGCCGAAGACCCUCGAGGAAGCCUUCGCCAUCGCACUGCGUGAGGAUUAUACGGUGUCGUCAUCGUACGGCAAGGCGCUGUCGGAGGAGGAUCGGGUGUCGGUGCCCGAGCCUAUGAAGAUUGAAGCAAUCGAGGCGUCAUCACGCGUGGUGGCCCCCCGUACCGGAACAACCGCGGUGGUCGAGGGCAACGCCCACUGA